UAUAUUUUGUCCGCUUUCUUUGUCAGUCAUGUUCAUAGUGUCUUAACCUCGAUUCCACACAUGGGUGCAUUUAUCUUCGCGUGAUACCAGAGUAACAGCUUCACCCGAAAAGGUAAAGAGAACCAUUGAGACUGUCCGCGGCCAUCGCUUUCAUUGCUUUGAGACACCGUUGACCAAGUUUGCGAAGUUGAAUCAAUCGAAGUGUGCAUCAUAUUCAUCAUGAAUCGUUUCUUUGAAGAUAAAGAGGUAGCUAUCAAUUAUCUCAAACACCGACCGCAUUAUUCGGCAGAAAUUGCUGAAGCAAUCAUAAAUUACUUGGCUGAAUAUAAGGUGAAACCAUUCCAGAUGGCCCUUGAUAUCGGUUGUGGUCCUGGUCAGCUUACACGGUCAUUGGCUCCUUACUUUGAUGAGGUUUUAGGAGUUGAUGUGAGUUCUGCGCAGAUAGAUGUAGCAAAGACGGCUCAAAACCCAAAGAAUUUAUCUUUCAGUGUUGGUAUAGCUGAAGAUUUACCAACGCCAGAUUCCUCGGUGGACCUCAUUACAUCAGCCACCGCUAGUCAUUACUUCGACUGGACUGAGUUUAGGAAGGAAGUCAACCGCGUCCUCAAACCUAACGGAUGCCUGGCUGUCUUAUCCUUUGACGUCAUUUACAUCGAUCAUCCUGAUGACGUCAUCAUGAAGAAACUGAAUGAUUGCAUCGACUCAUAUCUUGACUAUACAAACAACCAAGAUCUGAAGGCCAGCACACCAGUUGACUAUCAGCAUACGAUGGAGAAAUACACCACCCUACAAUUGCCGUUUGCUGACCAAAAAAGUGUGGAUAUUGACACACGAUAUAAUGGUUCUGUGACUGAGUUCAUCGAGUGUAUUAAAACAUACGCUGCCGCUAUCAAUUUCAUGAAGGACAACCCUGGUACAUCCUACUUUAUGGAUUUCCAAAUGAGCAUCAUGUCAAUCCUGGGAGGAGGAGACCCUGAUGUCACCAUGGUUACAUCAUGGAUGCCUAUCUUUAUACGAUUUGCAAGAAAACCUGGCACUAACCUUUGAACAUCUCAAAAUAUAAAAAAAAUAGCUCUAUCUUUCAAAAAGUCAGCGAGAGGUAUACUGAUAAUUUCCUACAACCUCUUCGCACACAUACACGCACCCACACCACAUCCACCCAGGGGCAUGUAUGAGAAGAGGAAAUUGGUAAUAUAAAAAAGGUUAAGGGGCACCCAUCAAAUUUUAAUGGGGAAUUUAUCAGAGAUGAACAGGGUCAUUAAGAGAAGAGGAUGAGGUUAUUUUUGAAAAGGAAAAAGGGAACCUAUCAGAUAUUUGAGGACAAGUCCACUCCAAAAAUAACUUACUUUUUAUA